UUAAAGCAAACUGACACAGCAUGUCAUUCCCCACUCGGCCAGAGGACGGGACGCGGUGAGGAGCUGUUGUGUCGUUCAUUCUACCCCCCUUUCCUGUCGUCACCCCCAUCGUCCUUGUUGUUUUGUUGCCUUUUUAUUAGUUCGUGUACACGGUUAGCUAGUUUCAGUCAUGUAUCGGUAUUUCGGGGAGCUGUUGAGCCGCUCUGCGGGUAGUGCCCUGGCCUCGGGGUGUGUGGACUCCGCUCUCCCGGUGUCCUCCUCUCUGAUGCGGGUCCGUCACUAUGCCGAUGCUGCGGAGAAGCCUGACGACCCCAACUUCUUCAAGAUGGUUGAGGGUUUCUUCGAUCGAGGCGCCGCCAUCGUGGAAGACAAGCUGGUAGAAGACCUGAGGACCAGGGAGAGCCCCGAGCAGAAGAGGCACCGUGUGCGUGGGAUCCUCCGCAUCAUCAAGCCCUGUAAUCACGUCCUGAGCGUGUCUUUCCCCAUCAAGAGGGAUAACGGAGAGUGGGAGGUGGUGGAAGGCUACCGCGCCCAGCACAGUCAGCACAGGACACCCUGCAAAGGGGGUAUCCGUUACAGUACAGAUGUGUCUGUGGACGAGGUCAAAGCUCUGGCCUCUCUGAUGACCUACAAGUGUGCUGUUGUUGAUGUGCCAUUUGGUGGAGCCAAAGCUGGAGUCAAGAUCAACCCCAGGAAUUACACUGAUAAUGAGCUAGAGAAGAUUACCAGGAGAUUCACUAUCGAGCUGGCCAAGAAGGGUUUCAUUGGACCCGGCAUUGACGUCCCUGCCCCCGACAUGAGCACAGGAGAGAGGGAAAUGUCCUGGAUCGCCGACACAUACGCCAACACCAUCGCACACACUGACAUCAAUGCUCACGCAUGUGUGACAGGCAAGCCCAUCAGCCAGGGAGGAAUCCACGGACGUAUCUCAGCCACCGGUCGUGGAGUUUUCCACGGCAUUGAGAACUUCAUCAACGAGGCAUCCUACAUGAGCAUGCUGGGCCUGACACCGGGCUUCCAGGACAAGACCUUCAUCAUCCAGGGUUUUGGUAACGUGGGUCUCCACUCCAUGAGGUACCUGCACAGGUUCGGAGCCAAGUGUGUGGGCAUCGCUGAGAUUGAUGGAGCCAUCUACAACCCAGAGGGCAUCGACCCCAAACAGCUGGAGGACUACAAACUGAACCACGGCACCAUUGUUGGCUUCCCUGGAGCCAAACCUUAUGAAGGCAACAUUUUGGAGGAAGACUGCCACAUCCUGAUUCCAGCUGCCGGAGAGAAGCAGCUCACACGUAACAACGCCCCCAGGAUUAAGGCCAAGAUCAUUGCAGAGGGUGCCAACGGUCCCACCACCCCAGAUGCUGACAAGGUCUUCCUGGAGAACAACGUCAUGGUUAUUCCUGACAUGUACCUGAACGCUGGUGGUGUGACGGUUUCAUAUUUCGAGUGGCUGAAGAAUCUUAACCAUGUCAGCUACGGAAGACUGACCUUCAAAUAUGAGAGGGACUCAAACUACCACCUGCUCAUGUCUGUGCAGGAGAGCUUAGAGAGGAAGUUUGGCAAGCAGGGGGGACCCAUUCCCAUUGUCCCGACUGCUGACUUCCAGGCUAGAGUUGCUGGUGCCUCUGAGAAGGACAUAGUUCACUCUGGCUUGGCCUACACCAUGGAGAGAUCAGCUCGGCAAAUCAUGCGCACAGCAGCCAAGUACAACCUGGGUCUGGACCUCCGGACGGCUGCCUACGUCAACGCCAUCGAGAAGGUCUUCAAAGUCUACAACGAGGCUGGACUUACCUUCACAUAAACGGCCAAUCUCUCCUUCAUCCCCACCCUCUUGCCAUUGAUCCCCCCUUCUCCUGCCCUCCUCUCCUCUUCUCAACAGCCUUCAGAACAUAUCACUGUUUACCGCUGCUCUUUGGCUCUUUUACACACACAUACAGCGAAACACUGGCUUGCCUUGUACAUAUCCUGUGAUCUCUGUGCUGCCAUGAUGCUGUGUCUGCAUCUCUGUUUAAAUGUCACCCUUUUGUUUCUUUAGCCUGAUUAUAUAUCAACAAAAGGCAGAGAGAGAGUAACAUCCUCAGCCCGUCCGUCCCUCAGCCCUCUGAAACGUCUACGAUAUUGUCAUGUGGCAGCCAUGUUCAAAGCGCCAUUUUAGUGAUCGCUGAAUGCACGUGUGACCCUUAUGUUGCGGUUAUUUCAGUAAAACAGCACUACAGAUGCCUUAUUUUAUCAAGAGGUAUUCUCUUGAGUAGAGACAGCCGCUUGAAUUUAACUGUAAUUAAAAGGGAUGUAGAUUUAGCUUCAUGUGAAUAAAGAGAAUCGUAAUUUUGUGACUCUUCAGGUUAAGUUUCUAAGGUUUAGGGUUCCCCACAAGGAUUUCUUUUGUCAUAGUUAAUGUAUUUACCAGAAGAGAUCAUCCCUCUCCCUUCUUUACUUUUCACCUUUCCCAUCGCUUUGUCUCAAAUAUUAAAAGCAGCUUCUCCCGACUCCUCCGCUGGCCAAGAAAGGGGAGCAGGAGGGGGCUAGGUGUCACUGUGACCACCUGUCCCAUUUGCAACUUUGCUAAGUUUUAAUCGUCCUGUUCCUCAUCAUUGAAAUUGUUUUAGAGGAAAUUUUUAUUUUUAUUUUAUUCAUUUUUUGGAAACCAAUAAAAUACUGAGAAAAAGAGA